AUGCUCCGCGCCCUCCCCCGCCUGCGGGCGACUCGCGCGCUCGUCGGCGUACGUGCCCAGUCGACGCGCGCCAAUGUCCUUGACGAGCUCGAGGCACGCGGCUUUGUCCAGGCCAUCACGAGCGCGGACCUCCGGAAACAGCUCGAGUCUCCGACGACAGCGUAUGCCGGCAUCGACCCCAGCGCGUCGUCGCUGCACGUCGGCAACCUUCUUCCCCUCAUGGGCCUACUACACCUGCGCGCCCGCGGCCACAGGCCGCUCGCUCUUAUUGGUGGGGCGACGGGCAUGAUUGGCGACCCGUCUGGCCGCUCAACGGAACGCAACGCGCUCUCAGAGUCCGAGCUGGCGACAAAUGUGGCCGGUAUCACGGCACAGGUGCACGCCUUCUUUGAGCGCGGCACGAUGUACGCCGAGAAGAGGGGAUAUUCUCCUGGCGAGGGGGGUGUGCAAGUCGUGAACAAUUACGAAUGGUUCAAGGGUGUUGGAUUCCUCGAGUUUCUGCGUGACGUCGGCAAGUUUGCGCGCGUGAAUACCAUGCUUUCCCGCGAGAGUGUCAAGAACCGCCUAAACUCUGAUGCCGGAAUCAGCUUCACCGAGUUCAGCUACCAACUGUUGCAAGCACACGAUUUCGCGACGCUAUACAAGAACCACGAUUGUCGGUUACAGCUAGGCGGAAGUGACCAGUGGGGCAACAUUGUUGCGGGGAUUGACAUGAUCCAUCGCGUGAGGGGACAAGCUGCGACGGAGGCUGAGAGGGAGCAGAGGACCAAGAAUCAGGCGCUGAACCAGGAGGCAAAGGCGGCUUCUGCGGCCUCUGCCCGGCGGGCAGCACGCGACGCGGCCAAGGAACAAGCUGAGCGGGCUGCCGAGGCAGUGGAGGCUGCGCGGUCCGAGGCGCCACCAGCAUUCGGGCUCACCAUCCCCCUUCUGACUACUGCCAGUGGGGAAAAGUUUGGAAAAAGCGCCGGGAAUGCGGUCUGGCUCGAUCCUGGUCGGACAAGCAUCAAUGACUUUUACCAGUUCUUUUAUCGGGCGUCAGACGCCGACGUCGAAAAGUACCUCUCGCUACUUACGCUCGUGCCGCGCGAGCGGAUCGAUGCCGUCAUGGCUGAACAUGGCCGCUCGCCCAGGGAACGGCUGGCACAGGCGCUCCUCGCCGACGAGGUUACCGAGCUCGUCCAUGGUCCCAAGGGCGUCGCGAAAGCGCAUGCCGCCAAGGCUAUCAUGUAUGCCAAGGACCCGAGGGCACUCAAGAGCGCCGACGUGCUCGCCGCGCUUGAGGGCGACCCGAGGCUUAUUCGCGUCAAGCAGAGCGAAAUCCGCGGUGUGCCCGUGUCCAAACUCGUCGCUAUGCACGGACUCGUCGGCAGCCGGUCCGAAGCGACGCGCCUCAUCAAGCCCCACAACACUGCGAUCCACAUCAACGAGAUCCCCGUCACCGAUCCCCGACAGGAGAUUGUCGAGACCAGCCUCGUCGACAAUCACCUCGCCGUCGUGCGCCGCGGCACGCGCGACAUGCUCGUCUUCUACGUCACAUAUGACGAUAAGUAG